AUGACGGCCAAGCGCAUCUUUGUGCGAAUCCUACUCUUUUACGUCCUAACGAUAUUUGUGGUUGGAUUGGUUGUCUCAUCAAAUGACCCUCAUCUACUCACAAUGACCGAUACUGCUUCUCAAUCCCCAUUCGUGAUCGCGGCUCGCAAUACCGGUACCAAAGUGGUUCCAUCAACCAUCAGCGCCGUCGUUUUAACGUCGGCUUGGUCUUCGGAAUCAAGAAUCAUAUAUGGUAUGGCGACUAAUGGACAUGCGCCAUCCGUCUUCAUGCGACUUAAUCGCUUCGGAAUUCCCUACGUGGCUGUUGCGCUCUAUGGCGUGUUUAUGGCACUGGGCUAUAUGACACUUUCCCAGUCCGCUAGCACCGUAUUUACUUGGAUGCAGGACAUUGUCUCGAUUUAUACCUUGGUAAACUGGAUCUGCAUCUGCGUCGUCUACCUGCGUUUCCUGUAUGGCUGCCGCAAACAAAGCAUUGACCGCCACAAAGAGCUCCCAUGGACUGCGCCACUUCAACCAUACACUACUUGGGUAUCGCUGGUUGUGUUUAUUCUCCUGUUCUUUACCGGUGGAUUUACGACUUUUAUGAAGGAAUGUUGGAGUACGGAAACGUUCAUUUCAUCGUAUCUCAAUCUGCCGUUUAUCAUCCUCGUUUCCAUCGGAUAA